GUUUGUUUAUGCAACGUUGAGUCUGUGUCCUCCUUCAGAUCUGACAUUCGCCCGUCUCAACUGUGACGCAUGAACAAGACCAAGGCCUCAAAGGGCAAGAGUGACGCAAAGACCAAGGCUGAAUCCAAGGCCGAAGAAAGGGCAGCACGCGAGAGACGCAGAGCCCAAAAGGAGCUCACAGUUUUCGGGGAAGAACGCGAACGAAGACCCGGGGCUUUGUCUGUUGAUGAAAUUUGGUGGCGCGAACAGUAUUCAUGGUUGAAAGUUCGAGGGUACCUACUCCGUCCUCGGUACGCUCCGGACUGGGUUCCAUCUUGGGAGGGUUCCAAGCGCGAUGCGUUGGCUUGUGAAGAUGGAUAUGUUCUACAUUUUGGUCAAGUCAUGGAUGCAACUCGCGUGUCUGACGGCUUGUAUUUAUCUCUCAAAAUGGUGAAGAAGUCGGAGCACCCCCACGAAGUAGAGAUCGGGCAAUAUCUCACGUCGGAACAACUUGCGUCCGAUCCCAAGAACCACUGCGUUCCGUUUCUCGAUGUUCUGUCAGUUCCGAACGACGAUGAUACUCAAAUUAUCGUGAUGCCAUUAUUGCUUCCAUUCGCCAAGAUUCGAUUCGAUACCUUCGGCGAAGUGGUGGAAUGCCUUCGACAACUUUUUGAAGGUCUGUGGUUUAUGCACAACAAUCAUGUUGCUCACCGCGAUUGCAUGUGGAUGAACAUAAUGAUGGAUGCCAAAGACCUCUACGCCGAACCAUAUCACCCCGUAAAGCCUUACAUGAAGCGCGACUUCAGCGGUCAUGUGAGCCAUUAUACUCGCACUCGGCGGCCACCGAAGUAUUAUUUCAUCGACUUUGGCUUAUCGCGCCAAUACGAUGCCGGUGAAGAAAAUCCACUAGAAUAUCCGAUAUUUGGGGGCGACAAGUCAGUGCCGGAAUUCAAGCAUAAUCUAGAUAUUCCACUGAACCCCUUCCCCACCGACGUCUACUAUCUUGGAAACGUCGUCAGAGAACAGUUCCUGGACACCAAAAUGGGAUUCAAGUUCUUAAAGUCCCUCGUUGAUGAUAUGGUCCACGAUGAUCCACAAAAGAGACCUACAAUGGAGGAGGUACUCGAACGUUUUGGAUCCAUUCGACAACAACUCAGCAAUUGGAAGCUGCGCUCUCGUGUCACAUCCAAGGACGAAGGUUCCUUUGAGAAUAUCUAUCAUGGGGUUACCCACUGGAGUCGACGGAUAGGUUUCAUUGUCAAGCGUGUAUCAGCCACACCUCUCCUUCCGAAAUGAUAAGUACGGUACCGCUGCUACUUCAAAUUUUCUCUCGAAAUUCAGGACUAUUGAAAAUCGAAUUCAGACUUCUGAUUGUGCUACACUCUCUUCUCGUCGUUUUACUGAAUGUCCUUAUAAUAUACAUCCGGGCGCGGAGAGGGAGCUGAGAUCAUUUUGCCGAAAAUUUAACAGCGAUCAUGGUUACUGCCGA